CAAUUGAAGCAAAAAGGUGACUAAAUUUUAUUGUUUUCAUCAAAAAUUGGCUUAAAUUCGCUUAAAAAUUUAAGUUUUUUGAUAAAAAUCAAUAAUUUCAUCAAAACUUUAAAAGGAAAUUUACCUUUAAAAGUUGAAAUUCGGUGAAAUAAUUGUCGGAAGUGACCCCGCCUAUUUAAAAAAAGCACUUUGGGAGACCAUUUUCAGCCAAAAUGGAUGAAUUAAUUCAAUUAAUUCGCACCGACAUCCCGGAAGGUCGUCAAAAUCUCCGCGAUUCGUUCACAAAUUUGGAACGCGUUGCUGAAUAUUGCGAAGACACGUACUACAGGUCUGAAGACAAAAAAUUAUCUCUCGAGGAAACGAAAAACUACACAACGCAGUCUUUGGCGAGUGUUGCUUACCAAAUCAACACUUUGGCUUACAACUUUUUGCAGUUGCUCGAUUUGCAGGCGAGUCAAAUGGAGGAAAUGGAAUCGCAAAUGAAUCACAUUUCGCAGACGGUUUCAAUUCACAAAGAGAAGGUUGCGCGUCGUGAAAUCGGCGUUUUAACAGCGAACAAAGUCUCGACACGUCAAUAUAAAAUUGUGGCGCCUUCGAAUCCGGAAAAACCGAUAAAAUACGUUCGAAAACCGAUCGAUUAUGGGAUUUUGGAUGAAAUUGGACACGGAAUUCUCACGGGAAAUCGAAAAUCCGCGAGAUCUUCGGUGCAAGGCAGCGUUCAGAGUCUCGCGAAUAACGUUGGACCUCCGCCGACGACAAAACCUCCGACGCCUCCGCAACUGGGCAGAGCUUCGAUGACGGGAACUUUGAAAGCAGGCAGCACGGGAACAAUAAAAAGGUCGGAAUAUCGCACGCCGCCUGUUGUUGUGCCGCCGCAAGUUCCUUCGCAUUACGCUCCGAAUUAUCCGGGGCAGCAACAGCAGCAGAGACGAUCGCAGCAAGGUUCGCAGCAGCAACAGCAGCAGCAAGUGGUUCAGCAAGAACGAGGUCCGGGGUAUUCGGCACUUCCGUUGGCGGGAAAUCCAAUGCCGCCGAGUCAAGUUGUGAUGCAACAUCAAAUUCAGCAGCAACAACAGCAGCAAAUGCAGAUGCAACAGAUUCAGCAACAGCCGCAAAUUGGGAUGGUUCAUCCCACGAUUCAGAAUCCGCCGCAAACGACGACUUAUGGCGUGCAUUUGGCUGAAGAGAGGAGCAGUAUGCCACCUCCUCCAGCUCCUCUGACAGUAACGCACGAGAUGCCGGAUCACGGGCACAUUGGCUUGCACACACUUUCUCGUCACAGCGGCGUUCACAUUCAACGUCCCGGUUCACAAUCUCCGCCAUUGCCGCCUCCUCCUCCGCCAGAAGAACAUGCUGAUUUUGGUCGUCCACGCACAGCACAACAACAAGCUGCUGCCCAAAUUGCCGCAAUCGUUCCCGAAGAUCAAAAUUUGCCCGGAUGGGUCCCCAAAAAUUUCAUGGAAAAAGUUGUUGCAAUUUACGAUUAUUACGCCGACAAAGACGACGAAUUGAGUUUCCAGGAGAGCUCCGUCAUCUACGUGCUCAAGAAGAACGACGACGGUUGGUGGGAAGGCGUCAUGGAUGGCGUUACGGGACUUUUCCCCGGCAAUUAUGUCGAACCUUGCGUCUAAA